AUGUAUUCAUCUCAUUCAGGUAUGGGUGAAAACCUGGAAGAUUUGAAACUGGAAGAGCUUUCUCAGAAGCUUGAGUCGAUUGAAAAAGAUAACGAGCAAAUUAGACGUGAGAACUAGCUCUUUGAGUCAUAUAUCCUCCGUAAGACUAAGGACGAUAAGAGACUUGAUGAUGAUUAUGAGCAAGAUAAGGCCAAGGGAAAGCGUAGCAAGAAGAAUGCAGCUGAUAAGGUACUAAGAUUGACAGCAGAGCAAAAGUACGAAAUUGCUAACACUGAACUUGAAACUUUGAAGGCAAAUAUCGAAGAGGGUAGAGAAAAAUCGGAGACACUGCUCGAGAGACUUAAGGCUAUUUUGGAAGGUACUGAUCUUUCAAUUGCUGAAAUCAGAAAGGAGGCUUUUGAUUUUGGUAGGUUUUUGAGUGCAGCUGAGAACGGUAGGACUGGCAAAUAUGAUGCAGAGAAACUAAUGAAGUAUAUGGAAGACAAGUUCAAGUCAAAGGACGCUCUUAUCGAUAAACUCCAGCUUAAGAAUGUCUCUCUCAAAACCUAGAUCAUGAAGGCUGAGACUUAGAUUAAGCACAAGGAAGAAAUGGGAGAUGACUUGAAGUUUAUUGAUUUCCAUCAGUUGCAGAUUGAGAAUAAAAAGCAUGUAAAGGACAUUGAUGAGAGAAACAAGAAACUUUUGCAACUCAAGCUGAACUCUGGUAAAACUGUUCAGACUCUCAAUUCUCUAAAGAAAAAGCUGCAAGAAGCCAUCAAGAUGCAGGAAAUGAUAGCUAGAGAUAUGCAGAUGAAAAAGAUCAAGUACGAGAGAACCAAAGAGGAUAUUUCCAAGGCCAGAGGAGAAAUCACCAAGGCUAAAUAUAACAACAAGCAGCAAGAGCAAUUGCAACUGCAAAUUCAAAACAUGCCAGACCCUCUUAAGUUUGUAGAGCAAAAGAACGUCGCUGUAGAUCUCAAAACUUCAGUCAAGAACUGGGAGAGAAAGAUUGAAAUUGCAGAAGUUGCCGCUAAAAAGGCUAGACUUAUCAUUAAAACAGCAGGCGAAUAUGUGGAGGAAAUUAGAAGACCUGAAUUUCUCGAAAAUUGA